CGGAAAGUGGCCGCCAAAAAUCGCCAAUACGGUCUCCUCCUCCUCCUCUCCUCUCGUAUCCCACCAUCACUGUCCCUUUAUAUAGAACGCAUCUGGAAAGGAAUCUCAAUCUCGCUGCGAAAGCAUCAAUCUUUUUUUCCACCCUCUUCUCCUCCUCCUCCUCCCAGCCGGAGAGAAGAGAAAAAAAACAUGACCAGGGUCAACAAGGAGGCGCCGCCGCCGCCGUCGCCGGACCAGAUGUCGGGGCUCCGGGAUCCCCUCCUCCCGGGACCCGAAUCCGCCAAGGUAAUCGAGCGGCUGACGAUAGACGACAUGCUGCAGAAGUACUGCGGCGAGUUCGGGCGGUGGCAGCUCCGCCACUUCGUCCUCACCAGCCUGGCCUGGGCUUUGGAGGCGUUCCACACCAUGGUGAUGAUCUUCGCCGACCGGGAGCCCGACUUCCGCUGCCUGGGCGGUGGCGCGGGGUCGUGCGACCCGAAAGGAGGGGUUUGCGGGCUGGAACCCGGGUCGUGGGAGUGGGCCGGGGGCCCGGGGAGCUCGACGGUGGGCGAGUGGGGGCUGGUGUGCGGGGAGAAGUACAAGGUCGGGCUGGUCCAGGCCGCGUUUUUCGGUGGCUGCAUGAUAGGUGCGGGGAUCUUCGGCCACCUCUCCGACUCGAAACUGGGCCGGAAGGGCUCCCUAACCGUGGUCUGCUUCCUCAACGCCGUCCUGGGCUGCCUAACCGCAUUCGCCCCAAACUACUGGGCCUACCUCCUGAUCCGCCUCCUGACCGGGUUCAGCACGGGCGGGGUGGGCCUCUGCGCAUUCGUCCUCGCCACCGAGCCCAUAGGCCCAACAAAGCGCGGGCCCGCGGGAAUGUCCACCUUCUACUUCUUCUCCACCGGAAUCGCCAUCCUCUCCGGCAUCGCCGCCUACUUAUCCACCUCCUGGCGAUCACUCUACAUCGCCUCCUCCGUCCCUUCCUUCCUCUUCCUCAUCCUCGUCAUCCCCUUCAUCUCCGAGUCCCCGCGAUGGUACCUAGUCCGCGGCCGGGUCGCGGAGGCCAUGUCCAUCAUGCGCUCCAUCGCCCGGUCCAACCGCCGACACCUCCCCGACGGCGUCGUUUUGGCCCUCGACGAGGACGUGGCGAGUGACGACGUGGCAGGGGAGGGGACCACCGCGUCGGGUUCGCUGGUGGACGUGAUCCGGUCGCCCGUGACCCGGACCCGACUCGUCCUCGCGGUGGCGAUUAGCUUUUUAUCCGCGGUGGUCUACUACGGGCUGAGCCUCAAUGUGGUCAAUUUGGAGACGAAUCUGUACGUCAGCGUGCUGGUCAACGCGGUGGCGGAGAUGCCGUCGUACACUCUGACGGCGGUUUUGUUGGAGAGGUUUGGGAGGAAGCCGCUGGCGAUCGGGACGCAGUGGUUUAGCGGCGUGUUCUGCCUGCUCGGCUGCGUGGUUGGCGGGGAAGGCGACGCGUGGAAGGUGGUGAAGAUGGUGUGUGGGGUUUUGGGGAUAUUUGGGAUGGCCGGGACGUAUAAUUUACUGUUUAUCUAUGCGGCGGAGCUGUUCCCGACGGUGGUGAGGAACGCGGCGCUGGGGUGUGCGACGCAGGCGUCGCAGUUCGGGGCGAUCCUGGCGCCGUUCGUGGUGGUGAUGGGCGGGUCCGGCCCGUUUGCGGUUUUCGCGGUUUGUGGGCUUGUGGGCGGUGGGCUGGCGUUUUUCCUGCCGGAGACGUUGAAUCAGCCGCUUUAUGAUACCAUGUCCGGGAUGGUUGAGGGAGGCGGGAAAGAUGGUUCCCGCCAACAAGCAGUUUGAGAGGAAUGUCCUUGUUUUUUUUUUUUUUCGGCAUUGAUUUAGUUGGAUAAAUUUCUUUCUUUGUUUUGCGAACUGUCGCACCUUCUCCCUACGGUCGAACAUAUGAUUUCCUUUUUUCGGUGUACCUUGUGGAAGA